AUGGGGUGAUUUUGAGUUCCAUACAUUGCACUAUUGCACUGAUUGUAAAAUAAAUACCUAAAUAUAAAUAAUUUUUUGUUUUACCAAAAUGCCCGGAAAAGUGAAAGUUAAAAUUCUAGCAGGUCGCAAUUUGCCGGUGAUGGACAGAGGAAGCGAUACAACGGAUGCUUUCGUUGAAAUAAAAUUAGGAUCUGUUACUCACAAAACGGAUGUAUGUAGGAAAAGUCUAAAUCCUGUUUGGAAUUCCGAUUGGUAUAGAUUCGAGGUUGAUGAUUCAGAUUUACAGGACGAGCCUCUACAAAUCCGUCUAAUGGAUUACGAUACAUAUUCAGCAAAUGAUGCGAUUGGCAAAGUUUAUAUUAAUCUAAGUCCUCUUUUACAUUCACUCUCUACGGACAAGCCUACACAAACUAGUAAUAUAGGAAAAGGUUCUGUAAUGUCUGGAUGGAUUCCUGUAUACGAUACAAUGAACGGAGUCCGAGGCGAAGUCAAUCUUAUCGUAAAAGUCGAUUUGUUUAUCGAUUUCAAUAAAUUUCGUCAAAGUUCGUGUGGAGUUAAAUUUUUCCAUUCACCUUCAAUUCCACAUGGAUACAGUGUGCAGAUUGUUCACGGAUUCGUAGAAGAGUUAGUCGUCAAUGACGAUCCAGAGUAUCAAUGGAUCGAUAAAAUUAGAACCCCUCGAGCUUCCAACGAAGCUAGGCAAAUUGCAUUUAUAAAAUUGUCUGGCCAGGUGCAAAGGAAAAUGGGAUUGAAGGCAAUAGACCUAGGUGCUAAUGCAGUAAUUGGAUAUACGCAGUGUUUCGAUUUGGAAGGAGAUGUAGGCGUUGUCGCUCGAGGAAUUGGAACAGCCGUAACAUUGAUAAAGAGUCACGAGAAUGUAAUUCACCAAAUUUUUGAUAACCCAGUGGCAGACCAAGCCGAGCUAUCUUGCAAUUCAGUACAAAUAACUAGUACAAACAAACAUAGCCGGGAUUUGACGGAUUCAACUGGAAAUCGCACUUCCCAAAGCCCUGCUAAAACAGGAGUACCUUGUUCAUCGGCUGUUAUUUUGAAAGAAUGUAAUGCCAGUGGUGCAUUUUGUCGACGCUCAUCAGAUUCUGAUUUAAGUAUUACACCCAAGGGAAACUCUCUUACGUCAAAUGACCGCUAUUUUGCUGCAUAUUCACGAGGGCAACCUACAAGCAUUUUAAUAAGAUCGCUCAAUCACGAUGCCAUAGAUUUACUGGAAUAUCCGUUUCUCACAAUCACAAAAGUACCUCCAGGAUUUAUUCUUCAUAUAGGUGCUACUGUAUCUGCAAGAUCAGUAAAAUUAUUAGCUCGUGUUCCCAACCUUGAUGAUCCAGAAACUAGAGAUAUGUGGUGGAACGAACUUCGCAUGGAAAUUCGUUCUCACGCUCGUGCAAUUGGUUGUAAUAUGGUGUUAGGGUAUAUGGAAUCAACAACCAUUUCGGAAGACGUUUGCGUAUUAUCAGCAGUCGGAACAGCAGCAAUUAUUAAUCUGCAGUGUGGAGAAGUGAAUGUUGAAUCGAAUAAUUUAAUUAAACCUCAAUGUACGAUCGGUAAUAAAGAGACUAUGACAUCUUCAAUGGAUGACCAAGAAUUUGAAAAAGAUAUGAACAUUACAAGUAACGUGAGCUCAUCGAUAAAAUGCUUAGAUUCUUCAGAAAUUCAAAAAAGCCAUGAGUUAGAUGUCAAUUUGUCUGGCUUAACUAACGAGCAUAAAACACACAUAAAAACAUCAGACAUUAAUAUGAAAACAAUUCAAUUAAGUAACAACUGUACAGUGUGUCAUAUUCCGUAUAAACAAAGCUCUGUUCCAUUUAGAGUCAAUAUGAUGAAAUGCUCAAUCUGCAAGGCUGGUAUCGUACCAGAUGUAUUGCUCUGUACAAUCGAAAUUCCGGAAGCCCUACAGGUCAAUGGACGCGGAACCUUAAUACAAGCCCACGUAUGCAGAUCAAAGCGUGACCUUAAAGGAGAAUCGAAUGCCAAGGAAAUGUCUGAUGCGCUUCCUUUUCUUGAGAUUGAACUGCAUAAACUUCUCAUCAAUAAACUAAAAAUGAGGGGAAUGAAUGCCAUUUUUGGUUUGAAAGUGUCUGUAGCUGUUGGAGAACGGAUGAUGGCGUUAGUGGCAACAGGAACUGCCGUAUAUCUUUCGGCACUUCCUGCACCAACAGUGCCGAAACUUCUCGCUGGGAAUUCUGGAGCAGACGUUGACAAGUUGAAUGAACUGCAAAAAACAAUUUGUAAUACAGUGGAAAGAAAUAGGGAAUUCAGUCAUUUAAAGGUGGUAAACGAUUCUAAUAUUAAUAACAAAUCGUUAGCUCAACCGGAUGAUUCUGAUGAUUCUGAAGAGGAUGUAAUGGACAUGGAUAUUACUUACGGCAAUAAGGAAGCCUGUGUACUAGAAUUGGAUGAUAUGCAUGAUAUGGAAAUUAUUUCGCUUCUUAUGGAGCCGUGUCCCCCAGAUGGUUUUGUCGUUGUGAAUACUCAAACAGUCCCUGGACAACAUGACUUAGAAGUGGUGAGGAAUCUACAAAUGUUUACUCAAAUAUGGCGUGCCAAAUUACCUACUAUUCAGCCAAACACUAGUUUUUCAAAACAUUUUCAACGUUUGUUACAAGUGAUAUAUUUCAAAAUGAGAGCAAUGAUACCAUGUGCAAUAUGUGAUCUAAGAUUCAAACUGGACUUCCCUGAAAAUGAUGAAAUACAGCUUUUAGUAACUGGAAUGGCUCUUGGUUUGGGAGAUCUUUCCAAGUUAAGUACAUAUAAGAAAACACAUAUAGGCAGCACUUCAGUUCGAGAGCAGUCAAAACGUAAUGAUGAAGAGAUGAUAUUUAGCAUUGAUGAUGACAAUUUGUCCGCGGGAAACACUUUUUCACAUAGUAGUGCGGUCCCUCAUCUCGCGCAGACUGGAUCGCUCAAGUAUAGGCGAAAAUCACCAUGUCGUGGAAAGCCAGGGCGAAUGGUUAGGCAUAUGCCUUUAAAAGAGCGGUAUGGCGUUGACAUCACACCUCUUAAUUAUGUGCCAGGAGGUAGAAUAGAAAAAUAUUUAGGAAAUUUGGAUUUUUUUUUCAUCAGGGAAUGUACUGCGGUUAAGGAAAUUGGUGGCAUAAGCGGAUUCGUUCACAGUUUUGUAACAGAUGUAUUAGCUGUAAUAAGAGCUCACGUAACAGCUCUUGGCGGGAAUGCAAUGGUUGCCUUUUUUUUGACAGAGUUGAUCCUUGUCGACAAUUUACAUAAAAAUCAGGGUCAAUGUUUAAUGAGUGUAGGAGGAGAUGUAGUAUUUGUUUCCUAUUUUAAAGAUGAUUAGAUAGUUUUUUUUAUUUUGAAGUAGCUUAGAUUUACAUCCGUUCAGAAUACAUUUCAAAAAACAAAACAGUCAUUUUCUUUGCUUUUAAGACAAUUCUGAAUAAUGAAAUGAUAUAAAUUGUAAGUUCUUGACUAUUACCGUUGGCUUCGCGACGUUAGGCAUACGGGCGAUAGGUAUACGGAUGUUAGGCAUACGGAAUUUUAGGUAUACGGACGUUAGUCGUAAUGAGUGAUAGGAAUAAUGUAUAAAAGAAAUAAUAAA